AUGGCUACUGAUUCAUCGAGUGUCGCAAACCAGCGAGUUGUUGAAACUCUUGCAGCUAGAUUACGGAGACGACAAGUUGUAGGUUCCCGCGAAACUGCUCUCGAGACCGUCCUUGUCCUGAGACAGGUUAUCUCAAAAGCACGGUUCUCUAAUAUCGACCAACUAGUCGAAAUCAUCCGAUCCGUUGGACGAAAGCUCGUGGAAGCACAACCUAAAGAACACACGGUCGGGAACACCGUGCGGAAAGUGCUACAUCAUAUCCGGGAGGAAUACCACACUGCUUCGAAAGGAACCGCGGUUGUCUCGACAUCGAAGGAUACCUUGUCGAUCGCAAAGUUCGUGUUACAGGGACAACCCCGGAAACAGAAUGUUCCACAAAAGACGACUCUGAAUGAGUCGCACGACAUGUUGAAGGAGAACGAUGCGGAUGAUCCUGAUGCAUUUGCUCGAACGCUUAAACCCGUUCUUAUGGAAGCCAUCCAAGACGUCUUGGAUGAGCUAGAAACAGUACAUGACAAUAUCUCAAAAAAUGCAAAGGAUCAUAUACAUUCCGACGAGAUAAUCCUGACCAUCGGAAAGUCGAGGACCGUUGAAGCAUUCCUCAAAGCUGCAGCGCCCUAUCGGAAAUAUACUGUUAUCGUUGCGGAUACUGCACCAUCAUAUGGCGGACAUGAUAUGGCUCAAUCUCUGUCAUCCGCUGGCAUUUCAACAGUUCUUGUUCCCGAUUCAUCCAUCUACGCGCUCAUGUCCAGGAUCAACAAAGUCAUGAUUGGCGCACAUGCAAUACUAGCCAACGGUGGCAUGUUUGCGAUAACAGGAUCUCUGCUUGUUGCCACGGCAGCCAGAGCGCAUAGCACCCCGGUUGUCGUUUGUGCUGGACAAUUUAAACUCACCCCGCAAUGGAAUUUGUAUCACGAAUAUGGCGCGCUCGACUUCGCAGAUCCAAGUAGUGUGCUAGGAUUUGAAGAAGGCAACCUCGUCGAUAAGGUUGACGUGGUCAACCCCUUUUAUGAUUACGUCCGACCAGAGUUGAUUGACGCAUUCAUUACAAACGAUGGAGAUCAUCCUCCAUCAUCGGUCUAUCGCCUUAUCAAGGAGGCAUAUGACGAUGAGGAUUACGAACUGUAG